CCCCAAAAAAAAAAAACAAAACAAAAACAAAGAUAGUGUCAAAAACAAAACUCAACAAACACUCACAGGCUAACAGUGGUCUUUAAAAACCUACCAGAAAAAGGUUUUACAGUUGAAACCCAUAAAGGCCCCAGGGAAAAUCCCAACCAGCUCAUCAAACUAGUGAUCUGUGGGUGGGGUGGGGGGGUACUAAUACUAAAUAGGGCGUUUUCUGCUAUGGAUUAUUGGUCUAAAUUGAGAUUUGUUUCAGCUUUUGAGUGUAACAAAUGGCUGGCUUGUUCUAUCUAGGUGGACGAGAAGCAGACACUGGAAAUAAACAAGAAGAAGAUAAAGAAGAGAGCCUGUAUUUGUAUAGGAACGAGGAGAUCUACAACAAGGGUUUUGAGAUAUGGCCGCAGUAUUAUUACCAACAACAACAACAGCAGCAGCAGGAAAACGUGAACACCAUCUCGUUUGGAGCGGGCCCUAGUCGAAGAGCUAGAGGGUUUAACUUGUCUGAUGAGCCGUCUUCGAGAUCAGUAGGGUUUACUGUUAUGAAACAUGGGGGCAUGAAUUGCCAAGAUUGUGGAAACCAAGCUAAGAAAGAUUGUGCACAUAUGAGAUGUAGGACUUGUUGUAAAAGUAGAGGGUUUCAGUGCCAAACUCACGUUAAGAGCACUUGGGUUCCUGCUGCUAAAAGGCGAGAGAGGCAACAACAACUCGCAGCUUUGCAGCACCACCAACAACAUGAAGACCAGUUUCGUGGAGAGAACCCCAAAAGGCUGAGAGAGAAUCAAGGUUCUCCGUCUCUUGCCUGCACUCGACUGUCCCCCACUACAUCAGGGUUGGAAUUGGGUCAAUUCCCUCCCGAAGUGAGUUCUCCUGCUGUCUUCCGCUGUGUGAAAGUAAGCGCUAUGGACGAUGAAGAUGAGGAGUUCGCUUAUCAAACGGCGGUGAAUAUAGCAGGGCAUGUAUUCAAAGGGAUUCUUUACGAUCAAGGCCCUGAAAGCCAUUACACCGGUGGCGGUGAAUCCUCUCAGCAACUCAAUCUCAUCACCGCCGCAGUUACCACAGCAGAAACUGCUAGAACCACAACAACCGCCGCCAUUUCGAGCAAUCCAGCAACGAGUAUGCUAGACCCUUCGCUUUAUCCAGCUCCACUUAACGCUUUCAUUGCUGGUACGCAAUUCUUCCCACCUCCAAGGUCUUGAUUUACAGGCCUAUUCUCCAAUAGAGAGAGAGAGAGACCCUUCCUUUUUUUAACAAAAACUUCCAUUAGUCAGAAACGACUCUAGAUAUUAUUUAUCUCUAGCUUUCAGUGUUAUUCUUCGUCAUUGUUAAAUGUUGCAUAGAAUUUGAAUGACAUUAGAAAACUGAUCAAGAUUCUGCAUAUGAUAUUUCCCUGUGGAUGUUUAGUUUUGUUUUCAAAUUUCAAUUCAGAUUUUCAGUGUUCGUUUUUUUAUUCGAUCGAUGUAGUAUGUGGAUGUGUGCCCUUUUGGGUGUGAAUUAUUGGUUUUUUUAUAGAUAAUUUGUACUUUUUCUUUUUCA